AUGGAACUCAGUGUGCUUCGAUUUAAUGUCAAUGGAAAAGAUAUUAGUGCUGUGAAUAUCGAUCCAGAGAUCACACUAGCCUCAUACCUACGAAAUGAACUGGGCUUGACUGGCACAAAACUUGCAUGUGAAGAAGGAGUGUGUGGAUCGUGUACAGUAGUGAUUGGAAAAUGGGAUCACAAGACAGAGAAGGCAAGAUAUGCUGCGGUGAACGCCUGCCUUAUGCCAUUAUAUAUGGUUCAUCAUUGUUUGGUUUUGACAGUGGAAGGAAUCGGUAGUACAAAGAAGAUUCAUCCCAUCCAGGAUCGCCUUGCUCGAGGCCACGGCACGCAGUGUGGUUUCUGCUCUCCUGGAUUCGUGAUGUCGGCCUACGCGCUCCUUCGCACAAAUCCCUGUCCGACUAUUCAUGAAAUCCAUCAAGCCGUCAAAGUUAUGAUUGAACAAUAUGCACAAAUUCCAUCACAGAACUCAACUGCUUGCCCGUGCAAGGAGAAUGGAAACAACGCUGAUAACGAAAAGCUCAUUACCUUCGAUGAUUUCCCGAAGUUCGACGAAACGCAAGAGAUUCUCUUUCCUCCCAGUUUGAUUAUGGAGAAAUCAGCGAGUGCUUUAUACUUGGAAGGUAGUCGAGUGAAAUUGGUAGCACCCGUGUCAUGGAAGCAAUUUGACGACUGCUUCUACGUUGAAGAUGAGGUGACAGUUGUCUCGUCAGGGCAGAUUACCAGGCUGAAGGCUGCACGAUCUCCGAAGCAUCGUGCUAGGUGGGUGAGCAUCCAUAAUCUCCCAUCGAUGAGAGCUGUUGAAGCGAGCGAGGACGAAGUCUCUUUUGGGGCCGCCGUCAGCACGUCGGACUUCGUCAAAUCGUUCGAAGAGUACUGUGAUCUAUCAACUAGCGCACCAAUCAGAAAGUUUUUCGACAAAUUUUCGUCCAUGCAAGUCAUGAACGUUGCGAGUUGGGCUGGUGGCUUGCUGACAGGAGCAAGCGACAUUUCGUCGUUGUUCUUAGCUUUCAACCCCAAAGUUGUGAUUCGGGAAUUGGGAGGCGCUUUCACGACAGGACUCUUCUCAGAUUUCGCGGAUAAGAAGGGCCGUAUGAAGCUAAGAAGAGGUGACGUCGUUGUUGCCGCUAUAUUCCCACGGUCACAGAAGGGCGUUCGUGUGUUCACUUUCAAACAAGGAAUGCGUCCAGGAGCUGAUUCAACGAUAGUAAAUUGUGUUGGUGUGCUACUAGUGGCAAAUGGUAUCGAGGAAGCCCGUAUUGCUUUAUCAUUCGGAUCAGGAGCAGUAUUGAGCAAGAAAGUCAGUCAGUGUCUACGAGGAAAGCGUUAUGAUCGAUUAGCGGAUCAUUCCAAUGAACUUUUGGAGGCACUGGAGGAGGACAUCGCUCAGUUCUCAACAGUUCCCGAUUUUCGCUUCCGGAGGGAGCUGGCAAGAGCGGCUAUACUUAAUAUGUGUGAGAAUCGCAGUGAACAAUGCACUGCGGAAGAUAAGCCUUCUGAAGAUUACCUGCAGUUGUAUACGGAAUGGUCACAAGGUGAAUCGGAUGCUUGUGGCAGACCCCUGUCCACUCAGUCGUCUGAUAGAUAUACCACUGGCGAAGCUGUCUUCGUCAAUGAUAUGAAGAUUAAAGAUGUUGUCCACGUCGGUGUGGUCCUCUCUUCAAAAGCUCAUGCUAAAAUUCUCAAAGAUAUACCGAAAGGUGGGACAAACUAUCCCGGAAAGAUACCACUCAACAUAUUAGGAGCUGAUGAUACGCCAAUGUUUGCCGAUGGAGAAGUAAGCGCAUUGUAUUUUUUUACAUUCCAUGUGAGAUCAUCUCAAGGUUCAAUGUUUUCUUCAAAGGUGCUGGCAGUAGGCCAGGCUAUUGGCAUAGUGGUGGCCAAGGAAGUGGAGACAGCUCGUCGUGCAGCUAAGCUUGUGAAAAUUGACUAUGAGGAGCUUCCAGCGGUGCUCACAAUAGAGGAAGCUAUCGAACUGAAGUCAUAUCAUGCGCAAGCACAUCAGUUUGGAGUCGAUACAGGAGAAGUCGAGGACGGGCUUUCAAAGUGUGCUGUCGUAAUUGAAGGAACGACGACAACUGGGGCUCAGGAGCACUGCUAUAUGGAACCGCAAGGUAGUAUUGCUGUACCGGGAGAGAAUGAUGAAUGGAUUAUUCAUUCUUCAACGCAAGCGAUAAACUUGCUACAGCUUUUCACAUCGGCUGUGCUAAACGUUCCAGCACAUAAAAUUACCGUGAGAGUUAAACGUGUUGGGGGCGCAUUUGGUGGCAAAGCUUCUCAAAGUUUGUCGCCUGGAGUCUGGGCGGCGGUUGCGGCACAUGCGCUACAUCGUCCUGUCAGUGUCGUGCUCAACAGGAAUGAGGACAUGGUUAUAACUGGGAAACGUCAUCCAGCCAUAGUGAAGUACAGAGUUGGGCUGGAUACUAAUGGAAUGCUUCGUUGUGCAUAUCUCAAAGUGUACAUUGAUGGAGGCUAUGCUUGCGAUAUGUCACCUUGGGUUACAUGGGUAGCGGCAUCGCUGGCAGAUGCUUGUUAUAACAUACCCGUAAUGAGAGUCGAAGGAUUUGCAUUGAAAACAAACAAGUCCAACAACACGGCGUUCAGAGGUUUCGGCGCACCUCAGGCAUUUUUUGCUAUGAAUGGCAUUCUUUCACAUGCUGCUCACGUUGUACAUGUCCCUCUUGAGAAGAUAAUGGAAAUGAAUUUCAACAAGAGUGGAUCAGUGCGGCUUAAUAAGGAAGUGAUCCUCAAUGAUGCUCUCCUUGAGUGUUGGAAUGAGUGUUUACAAUGGAGUGAGUUCGAGAAAAAGCGCAAAGAAGUCGAUCAAUUCAAUAAGACUUCGAAAAGCAUAAAGCGAGGAAUUGCUAUGGGUGCAACACGAAUGGGCUUAACCCAUCCUGGGGGAUAUGAGCAGGCGACAGCAUUGGUGCAGAUCUUCAUGGACGGUACGGUUGCAGUUUCGAUUGGAGGAAUAGAAAUGGGACAAGGAUUGAAUACGAAAUGCUUACAAGUAACAAGUCGUGCUCUGGGAAUUCCUAUUUCUUUGAUAACGAUAAUUGAUGCGAGCACGGAUAAAACUUGUAAUACGCCGGAAACCGGAGGAAGCCAGGGAGCGGACAUUCACGGACGAGCGAUUCAGAUGUGUUGUGAGAAAUUGAUGACUGGCCUACGCCCGAUUCUCAAAGAAGAGCCAGACUGGCAGAAGGCCGUCAUGAAAGCUUAUCAUAUGAAGCUACCACUGCAAGCAUCAGAACAUAUGUGCAUCGAACGAGAGAAGCACGGAAUUGCUGCGGAUUCGUCUACGUACCACACUUCCGGUGCCGCAUGUGUCGUCUCACAGAUCGAUUGUCGUACAGGCGAACAACAACUUCUUUCCGUGGAUAUUGUGAUGGAUGUGGGAAGAAGUCUCAAUCCAGCUAUAGAUAUUGGUCAGAUUGAAGGCGCAUUUAUGCAGAGUUACGGCAAUUUCACAUGUGAGGAAGUGACAUACGAUGACAAGGGGAAACUUAUCGAGGAUUCCUUCGAUAAAUUCCGUGUAAAGCUUCUCAGGGAUUCCGACUGUUUCGAGGGACAAGUUUACUCUUCGAAGGGUAUUGGUGAACCACCGAUGAUGCUCGGUGUCGCGGCGUACGCCUCUAUUCGACACGCGAUCGCAACACGACGACAGGACCUCGGCAAAACGGAUUUUUUCGAAAUCAAGGCUCCACUAACGGCCGCAAGAAUAGUAUCGUACUGCAAUGAUCAGUAG